GUAACAAGACCUAUUCAGUUGUACUAAUCCAGGAGUCGAAUACAAACCGUUUUGGGUGCGCAGCGAUUAUGAAAUAAUAGACUUUAAACGCGUUUUAUUUCCGAUAUUGUCUUUGUUUGGAAUCAAGUCAAACUAUUGCUCCACUGCGGACGCAAGUGCUCUACAGCGAAGAAUUGAUUAUUUUGGCUAGUUUUACUUAGCAACAUUUAUGUAAAUUGCAAACAUUCCCAGGUUGAAUUUACAUACUUCGGAAGUGGAAUCGUUAACACAUCUCAGAUAUUAAAUAAUUCAAUUGCAAGUUCAUUUGAAACAAAUUGACAGUAAACGAAAUGUCGCUGCUGACUGGAAGCGCCAAUUGUAUUAAAUAUGUGCUUUUCGCAUUUAAUUUAGUCUUUUUGAUCACUGGUAUCAUACUAAUCGCUGUUGGUGCAAGUGUGGCCUCCGUAUUUACAGAAUAUGAAGAUUUUCUGGUAUCAAAAUUCUUUUCGAUUCCAACUUUUUUGAUUGUGAUUGGUGUUUUCAUCAUAAUCAUUUCAUUCUUUGGCUGUUGGGGCGCCUUGAAAGAAAACUAUUGUCUCAUUCUCUCAUUUUCCGUUUUGUUGGGAAUUAUUUUCAUACUGGAACUAGCAGCCGGUAUAAGUGGCUAUGUUCUGCGCUCAGAUGCAGAAACCCUUAUCAAAGACAGUCUAGUGGAAUCAUUGCAAAAUUAUAAUUCUACAAAACCAACCGGCGAAACAAUUCUUUGGGAUUAUGUCCAAGAGCAGUUCACUUGCUGUGGCGUAGAGAGCUAUAAGGAUUGGUUAACACCGUUGGACAACAAACUGCCAAUUUCGUGUUGUAAAAUACCAAAUGGUGUAGUUGGCAGCUUCGAAUGCAGUGCAAUAAAUGAGGAUGUGAAUCGUUACAUACAAGGAUGUCUUUCCGAAUUUUCAACCUAUAUCUCAGCACAUGCUGUUAGUUUGGGUGCAGUUGGUGUUGUUAUGGCAAUAUUACAAUUCUUCGGCAUUAUUUUUGCCUGUUACAUCGCACGAGAAAUAAAAAUCCGCAACGGCAUUACAGGAUGGUUUUAAAAUUCUUUACUCUAUAUCCAAUUAUAUUUAAUAUGAAAUUAUCAACACCUAAGAAAUUUUUUAU